CUGGUUCUUCCAGGCUGGGGAGGAUAGUCUGAGCUCUGCCAGGCUUUCCCCCACCCUCUGAAAUGAUCAGCUGUGUCCAUGGGUUGUGGCAGGGUCAGAGGGAGUAAUGCUGCCCUGCGCUUUGCUGUCACGCUGUGUGUGCGUGUGUAGGGGGGGAGAGAUACUGUGACACUGGCCCUGGGCUUGCAUUUCUGGCUACCUUUCUAGGAGCUUCCCCCCUCCGCCUUUCUCUUCUCCACUUCCCUCCUCCUGUCGUUUCCCCCUCCCCCGGUCCCUCCCCCAGCCCCCGCUGGCGGGGCUCGGGCGGCUCUUUCCAGCUGGAGCGCUCUGGCUGCUGAGCCGCUGCUGCGGCUGCUCCGGAAAAUGUCCGAGCGAGGCGGCUUCUACAAGCAGGAAUUGAACAAGACGGUGUGGGAGGUUCCCCAGCGCUACCAGAACCUGACCCCGGUGGGCUCCGGAGCCUACGGCUCUGUGUGUUCAACGUAUGAUACCAAAACAAGACAGAAGGUGGCAGUAAAAAAGCUUUCAAGACCUUUUCAGUCACUUAUUCAUGCAAGAAGGACCUAUCGAGAGCUUAGGUUGCUUAAGCACAUGAAACAUGAAAAUGUUAUAGGAUUACUAGAUGUUUUUACACCAGCAACUUCAAUAGAAAAUUUUAAUGAAGUGUAUCUUGUGACAAAUUUAAUGGGUGCUGACUUGAAUAACAUUGUAAAGUGCCAGAAGCUAACAGAUGACCAUAUACAGUUUCUCAUCUACCAGUUACUUAGAGGUCUUAAGUAUAUUCACUCAGCUGGAAUCAUCCACCGGGACUUGAAACCCAGUAACCUAGCUGUAAAUGAAGACUGUGAAUUAAGGAUUUUAGACUUUGGUUUAGCCCGACAAACUGAUGAUGAAAUGACUGGAUAUGUAGCAACAAGAUGGUACAGAGCCCCAGAAAUUAUGUUAAACUGGAUGCACUAUAAUCAAACAGUUGACAUUUGGUCAGUGGGAUGCAUCAUGGCAGAGCUAUUGAAAGGCAAGGCUCUUUUUCCAGGAAAUGACUAUAUUGACCAACUAAAGAGAAUAAUGGAAGUUGUGGGAACACCCAGUUCUGAACUUCUCAAGAAAAUAUCAUCGGAACAUGCUAGAAAAUACAUUGAAUCUCUACCACAUAUGCCUCAACAGGAUUUGAAAGCAGUAUUUCGUGGUGCCAACCCUUUAGCUGUAGAUCUUCUUGAGAAGAUGCUUAUAUUAGACAGUGAUAAAAGAAUAACUGCCUCAGAAGCCCUUGCACAUGCUUACUUUGUUCAGUAUCAUGAUCCUGAUGAUGAGCCUGAGGCCGAACUAUAUGAUGAGUCGAUAGAGAAUAAAGAACGAACCAUAGAUGAAUGGAAAGAGAUUACGUAUGAAGAAAUGAUUAGCUUUAAACCACCUGAUUUAAAAAUGGAUAGCCUGGAAAUAGAACAGUAAAUACAACCAGCUGUGUUUUGCCAUGCUGUACUAUCAGGACUGUUGAAAACAUAGCAUUACAAUUUAACCUAUAUUUCCAAAAGUAGAUGUCACUAUCCAAAGAUGUUGGAGAAGGAAUGGAAGAGCAGGUAAAUGAUACUGAAGCCAGAUGUUUUUUGCCUUGUACUAUGAAUGUAAUCACAGAACAUAAAAGGCGAUCAAGAACUGCUUCAUUCUGACAAAAUGAUGCACUGAGUUCUGUCUAGCUGGAUUUUUCUGCAUGUUUCAUUUUAUCAGUUGUAAUGCCAAAAAUGAAGGUAACUUUUUUUAUUAUUUUGAAUAUACUUUUUUUGAAAUUGUACAUUUAAAGCAUGAAUGUGUACAAACAUGAAAGUAGACGUCCAUACACGCAACCAGUUGUUUCCUGGCAUUACCCUAAUUUUAUUUGGUUUUUUUUGUUUUUUAUUUAUAGCUAGUGCCUUUAAGGAAAAGAGGGCAUGGUAGUGAGUCAGACAUAAUAUGCAAAUAUAGUCAUAUCUGUGGUGGUCUUAUAAACAUACUGGAUGUCUCUCGAGUGGUUUAACACCCAUUGGAAAUCAAUGAAUAAAUCUUUGUCAUGUUGCCGUUUAAA